AGCGAGUCAUGAGCAUUUCUUCCAGCACUAUCGCCGACGAGAGAGCGUAGGCGCAGGCGCGCAGUCACCGCUCGCCACCGACGCCGUGGCAGAAAUCCUUGCCCCGCGCCGAUUCACAAGGCACAGACGUUCCGGGCCCAUCCUUUUAUCCCCACAUGUCAGUGGUCUCUUCUAACUUUUCUCUGGGGCCCACUCCACAAGGCAGCAAUGAUAUGACAUCCCUCGUGCCAUUCGGGCCCGCUCGCCAGUCACCCGCGUCUGAGAGAGGAGAGAGGAGAGAGAGAGACCACCUCCUCCGCUUCCGCUCUCCUCUCUUUCUGACUCUUGACUCGACCGCUCCUGUUCGCCGCUCCGCCAUCGCCGGCGACCACUCCGGCGACGCUGCGUCUCCGGCGACCCCACCGACGCCUGUCCCAGCGACCCCAUUCCUCCGAUCCCCGCCUCACGCCCUGCGCUCUCCCGGCUAGGGUUCGUGCUCCUGCCCGGAUCCACCCCGCCUCCUCGCGCCCCCGUUCGCGCGCGCCGAUCGGCAGGCUGCGGGCCGCCGCCGCUGCGCGAGCUAGCGGGCGUCGGAUCCAUCGAUCCGCGCGGCCUCCGCGGCCGUCAUGGACGACUUCGAGGGCCUGCUGGCCCGCGACUUCGGCCUCCGCCCGCAGGGGAAGGCCGCGCCCAUGUCGGCCGCCCGCUCCUCGGGGCCCUCCGGAUCUGCCUGGGCCAAUACCAGAUCCGCCGCCGCCCCCUCCUACGACGAGCUCUUCGGGUCCGCCCCGCCACUGCCCAAGGCCACGCCGUCGCCGUCGCCGUCGCUCGACCACAUCUUCGACUCGUUCAAGGAGCCCGCUUCCACCGCGCCGCCGCCUAAGCCGAAGCACUCGUCCAUGCCGGUGUUCGACAAGCCGGUCUACGACGACGACAUCUUUGUCGGGGUCCCUGGGGUCAAGAGCUCCUCGGCGCGCUACGACGAUGUGUUCGGGGGAAGCCAUAGCCGCGAGGCGCCUCCAGCGUUCGAUGACCUGCUCGGUGGAUUUGGUAAGAGCUCACAGGUGAGGGAAGAGGUGGAUGACAAGAGGAAACAAGAGGCAGCUAUGGGGCCAGCGGCGGGUACUGGGUUUGAUUAUUUGAUCCCAGGCUUUGGCGGGAGGAGCUCCCCGCGGCAAAGGGAUACUGUUGGUGCAAAACAACAGAAGAUUUCCAUGUCAACAUCUAAGCAACCAGCUAGCUUAAGCGACCCCUUUGUUGUUCUCGAAACAACUUCAUCCUCAGCCCAUCCAUUCGCAGAUCCCUUGGAUGAAUUUGGUAAAGCUGCAAAAUAUCAAGGGAAAAGCCGUGAAAGUACUAACGUUGGGAGCAAUCUGUUUGAGGAUUCAAGCACUUCCAUCCAGGCUCCAAAAUCUGAACCUAUUUUUACCUCAGAGGUGGACAAUGGCUUGAAAGAUAAGAAUGAGUCUAGCAGAGCCCGAGACGCAAAUCCUGUACAGAGUUUUUCUAAAGGAAACUCCUCCCAACAACCUUCUGUAGAGGAUUUUGAAAAUAUCUUUUCUAAGCCGCAGUCUGCCAGAUAUGCUGAUGUCCAUGUUGACAUUGGCUCAGAUAAAUAUAGUGGGAAUGGUAUAAACGACCAGUCACCUAGAUCUGAUGAAUCCGAAGAUGAGAUAUGGCUUACAGCUUCUGAGAUUCCCCUCUUCACACAGCCAACUAGUGCCCCACCACCUUCAAGGCCACCACCACCUCUUGCAGCUAAGCAAAAAAAACAUGGAUCAAAAUCAAAAAGAAAAGAUGAUGAACAUCUAAAGCAGUCUAGGAAAAACAAUGAUCAUCAAAGAAGUUCGUCAAAUCAUGCUGGUGUUUCUACAGUAGAUGAACUAGAAGAUUUUGCCAUGGGUAAGCCUCAGAGUGUGCAUGCUUUAAAUGCGGAAGAAUUUGAGAGAAGUACAGCAGCAGCAGCAUCUGCAGCUGCUAUGAAAGAGGCCAUGGAUAAAGCAGAGGCAAAGUUCAAACAUGCAAAGGAGGUACGAGAGAGAGAGCGUGAUGCGAAGAUUAGAAAUAGAGAACAACGGGAACAAGAUAGUGUAACAAGGUCGUAUGCCCAGGAUCGUGAGGACAAAGAGAGAAAGGAAAGACUAGAACAAGAAAGAGAGAUGAAGCAAAAUGAGGAAAAGGAAAGAGAGCAAAGAAGACUUGAAGAGGAAAGAGAACUUGAGCGACAUAAAGAAAGAGAAAGAGCUAGGCAAGCAGUGGAGAGGGCUACAAAGGAGGCACGGGAAAGAGCAGCUGUUGAAGCUCGUGCAAAAGCGGAGAGAGAGGCACGCCAACGUUCAGAACGUGCUGCUGUGCAAAGAGCCCAACAGGAAGCACGUGAGAGGGCAGCAGUGGAGGCUAAAGAGCGAGCAGAGAGGGCUACUGCAGAAGCAAAGGAAAGGGCUGCUGCUGAAGGUAAGGAAAAAGCUGCUAGUCAAGCCAGGGAUAGGGCUGCAGCAGAAAGAGCUGCUGUGGAGAGAGCUCAGCAAGAAGCGAGGAAGAGAGCUGAACGAGCAGCAGUGGAAAGGGCUGCUGCUGAGGCUCGGGAAAGACAGGCUGCUGCUGCAAGAGAUAAAACGAGCAAACCAGAUGAUCUAGAGUCCUUCUUUGGUAUGGGUGCUCGAGCUAAUAGUGCUCCGAAGCAAAGGGCUCCGACUGUGGACUCUAUGUUUCAUUCUCAAACGCAAAAUAGAGGGAGUUCCACUUCGACAUCAAUGAAAAAGGCAUCAUCAACAACAAAUAUUGCUGAUGACUUGUCUGCGAUAUUUGGAGGAGCUCCUACAUCAGAAGAAUUUCAAGAAGUAGAUGGGGAGAGCGAAGAAAGAAGACGCGCUAGGAUGGAACGGCAUCAAAGAACUCGUGAACGAGCGGCAAAGGCUUUGGCUGAGAAGAAUGAACGCGACAUGCAGCAACAAAGAGAGCAGGCUGAAAGACAUAGGCUUGCGGAAACACUGGACUUUGAGAUUAAGCGCUGGGCUGCUGGAAAAGAAGGCAAUUUGCGUGCAUUGCUAUCAACUUUACAAUAUGUUCUUUGGCCAGAAUGUGGGUGGCAACCUGUAUCCCUCACUGAUUUGAUCACUGCUGCUGCUGUUAAAAAAGUGUACAGAAAAGCAACACUGUGUAUCCAUCCUGACAAGGUGCAGCAAAAGGGUGCAAAUCUCCAACAGAAAUAUAUCGCUGAGAAGGUUUUUGAUCUCCUUAAGGAGGCGUGGAACAAACUCAACUCUGAAGAGCUCUUCUAAACAGCCUCACGACUGAACAUAGGGUCGCCCCUCAGGGUCUGCACAAGGUACUCUCGGAAGAAACUCACAAGCUGGAGUGGCUUGAGGUUGGUCGGGGGGAACCAUGAAGCGACCAAGCGAAACCUGAGCUAUGGUUGUUGUAAUCACCGAUGUUUGUUUCACUCCCCCAAUUUUCUUUCCCAACUGUAUGCUGAUUCAAUCACAACUCACAGAGACAUGUGGCAGCUGCCCAAGCUGGACCUCAUCCAGUAGGCCAGAAGGUGUAGUAUUUAUCCUGGGCUGUAUGCACCGUCAGAGCGGGGGUUUUCUUAGGCCAGUGUUGUGGUUAUAGAUUAGGUACAGGUUUUUUUUAAGCAUGGAGAGACGUUUUACUAGAUAAUGAUGAAUGUUGCUUGUCUGAUGCCAUUGGCAUCGUGGCAAGUUCGGUUGUCUUGUUUAUAGUCAAUUUCUGGAACAUCACUUGACCUAUACUCUGAUUCCUGUUUUCUUUUACUCUUGUACAAAGUUGCUGGUCGAUUUUGAUUGCUUGUAUUGUAAUCAUGUUUGGACGUU